UGGCGCCGCCGCCAUCCCGGCGCGUCACUGCGCAAGCGCGGCCCGCGAGCGUGGGGUGUCUCAAGGUGCCGGGUUGCAGGCGCUCAGGAGCGCUGGGGUUUGAGGCCUGCUUUCGGCCCGCGCCAGCAGAGCACUACCUGAGGCAGCGAGGCGCAGAGAGCGGAGCCUCCCCGCGCCCUGGGCAGUGUGGCCAUGGAGAAUCAGGUGUUGACGCCGCAUGUCUACUGGGCUCAGCGACACCGCGAGCUGUAUCUGCGCGUGGAGCUGAGUGACGUACAGAACCCUGCCAUCAGCAUCACUGAAAAUGUGCUGCAUUUCAAAGCUCAAGGACAUGGUGCCAAAGGAGACAAUGUCUAUGAAUUUCACCUGGAGUUCUUAGACCUUGUGAAGCCAGAGCCUGUUUACAAACUGACCCAGAGGCAGGUAAACAUUACGGUACAGAAGAAAGUGAGUCAGUGGUGGGAGAGACUCACGAAGCAGGAAAAGCGACCACUGUUUUUGGCCCCUGACUUUGAUCGUUGGCUGGAUGAAUCGGAUGCGGAAAUGGAGCUCAGAGCUAAGGAAGAAGAGCGCCUAAAUAAACUCCGACUGGAAAGCGAAGGCUCUCCUGAAAAGUCCUUUUAUGACACAUUCCAUACUGUGGCUGACAUGAUGUAUUUCUGCCAGAUGCUGGCAGUUGUGGAAACUAUCAAUGCAGCAAUUGGAGUCACUACGUCACCAGUGCUGCCUUCUCUGAUCCAGCUUCUUGGAAGAAAUUUUAUUUUGUUUAUCAUCUUUGGCACCAUGGAAGAAAUGCAGAACAAAGCUGUGGUUUUCUUUGUGUUUUAUUUGUGGAGCGCAAUUGAAAUUUUCAGGUACUCCUUCUACAUGCUGACGUGCAUUGACAUGGAUUGGAAGGUGCUCACAUGGCUUCGUUACACUCUGUGGAUUCCCUUAUAUCCACUGGGAUGUUUGGCGGAAGCUAUCUCAGUGAUUCAGUCCAUUCCAAUAUUCAAUGAGACAGGACGAUUCAGUUUCACGUUGCCAUAUCCAGUGAAAAUCAAAGUUAGAUUUUCCUUUUUUCUUCAGAUUUAUCUUAUAAUGAUAUUUUUAGGGUUAUACAUAAAUUUUCGUCACCUUUAUAAACAGCGCAGACGGCGCUAUGGACAAAAAAAGAAAAAGAUCCACUAAAAAGAAAGAUUUAGAUGGCUUCUUGCCAGUUUGAGCCUAAUCUGAUUCUUACAGUUUUACCUUCUUGUACCAAUGUAAAAGUUUUUUUAAUGUUAAAUGAUUAAAUUCUCAGUGAGGCUAUCUUCCUUUUCCCUAGUAACAUUCCUGAAUUUACUGUUAUCUUGUAGUAAUUGCAUGACAUGGAUUCCUGAUAUCUGAUGAGAGGUUCAUUCUUGUGUAUUCAGUUAAUGACACCAAAAGGCUAAGCCCACCCCAACCCUGUCUCAUGUUCAGUCUGUCUAAUUCAUGCCAGAGAUUUUUUUUUCAAAAAGUGCUUUAUCCCUACAAUGUACUGACGGUUCUUACAGUUGAGAUUUGUUCUUUUCAGCUAUUGCUUGUGAAAAAAAGCAAGACUAUGUCACUCUAUAGAAGACUGUUAAAGUGACUCAGGCAGGACUUAAUUAUUCUGUACCUAAGGGGUUACUUGUUUAGUGGGAUGGCAUUGACUUUUUGAAAGUGAAGUAGACUGAGUCAUUGAUAAAACAUUUCUAAGAGUGGGGCUGGAGAACAUGUUUUACAUGUGACAUCCUUUGGCCUAACAACAUCUAUUGUUAUAGUGCUCAGUAGUGUGGGCAUUGAAGAGGCACAGAAUGCUUUGAAAGAAACUAAUCAGAAUCUUGGAACAUCAUGAUCAUGCCAUUCUUAAGUAAAUCAACUAUUUUCAACACUGAAGAAAAAUGAAACAUUAUUUAGAAAACAAUGAGAUUACAAAUUCCAAACUCAGCCAGGAAUGUGGCUCACACCUGUAAUUCCAGCACUUUGGGACACCUAGGUGGGAGCAUCACUUGAAGCCAGGAGUUCAAGACCAGCCUGGGCAACAUAGUGAGACCCCUAUCUCUACAAAAAAUAAAAAUAUUAGCUGAGUGUGGUGGCACACACCUGUAGUCCCAGCUACUCAAGAGGCUGAGAAGGGAGGAUCCCGAGCCCAGGAGGUCAAGGCUGCAGUGAGCUGAGAUUGCCACUGCACUGCAGCCGGGGUGACAGUACAAGACCCUGUCUCAAAAAAACCAAACCAUACACACACACACACACACACACACACACACACACACGGUCCAAAUGGUAGCAGGGAUCCAAAGGGAACACAAUAUGUAGAUCAAACUGGCAGUAACACCAUGUACAGCCUUUGACAAACUAGAAACAUUAGAGUAGGCCAAACACACCUCCAAACUGUCUUAGGCCGUGCACAAACACAAAAAAUGGCAGCCUUCCAUCUCCUGCACUGGCUGAGUCCAUUUACUUGUAUACUUGUUCCAGUGAGUGGUGAAUGAGUGAUGGGACUACAUUUUUUGCAUAGACCUCAAAAAUAACUUCAUUCUGCUGCUGUUCAGUUGGCUUUUUAAAACCCAUCUGCUGUAGAACACUGAAAACAGCGAGAACUUUGGGGUGAACACCGCUGAUCCUUUAACAAGGAUUUCUGGCAGGAAACUCACAAAAAGGAGAACUGAAAAUUUAGACAUACAGUUGGCCAUUGUAAAAAACAUUAGUUUCCUCUCAUACAUUCCAAGUAAACCAAGUAAAAUAAGUGUUGGAGUAACACUUGCAUAGAAGAAUUUAAGGAGUGAUAGCUCUUUCUGUUCUGCCAUUCCCAACAUUCCUGGGGGAAAGGCGACUCAAUGAGUUAAUAACCAUUUCACUGAGCCCAAGAUGGAAACUUGGUUUGACCUAAAACAUCUGAUUAACAUAGGCUAGCUGAUUUCUUAAAAAUUCGUUGCAUUGAAGGAUAGUUUGCAUGUCUGUAACACCUGUCAAUACUUGUUUGUAUUGAUUUCUGAUAUUCUUGCAGCUGACUAUGUGUAAUUGGGCAGAUCAGCUUUGCAGUAGAUUAUGCUGCAUCGUCGUGGCAAAUUCUGUAUUCUUAGUGAUUGUUACAAAUCCCUUUAUCGCUGUCUGAGAAAGUGAAAGAUUGUGUAUUUCUAUUAAAACAUUUACAAUCAAAAUU